GCCCAACAGCGGCUGUAGUACGCGGCCGCGCGCGCCAAUGAGCGCUGGGGCGGGGAGGAGGGGUCGCGAGCGGCGGAGUGGAAGGCGCUCCGCGGAGCGCCCCCCUCCCCCCGGGUGGCUCAGCCUAUCCCGGCUGGGCCGCGCUGGGCUCGGCGCGGCGCCCUGCCCUGCGCGGGACGGGGAGGUCAGCCCGGGCAGGGGGAGGGGAGCCGCAAGGGCAUGGGCUGGCGCUGAGCGCCGCCGGAGGGAAGCCUACGUGUGUGUCUCCCUGUGUUUCAGUAACUGUUUGUUGUUGGUCCUUUUUUUAUUAUUAUUUUUCCCCUUAAGGGGGAGGGGAGAAAAGCCGUCUCCCCGCUUCCCCCCCCCCCCCGUUCGCGCCGAUGGCUCUUAUCCCCUCGAGCCGUCCCUGAAAGAUCCCCCCGCCGCGGACCAGGUGACAUCCCCGCCUCCACGCGCGCUCACACACACACGCACGGGGGAGAGGCAGGGGAGCGCCCGCCUGCCAGAAAAUGGAGGGACCCUCGGGCUCCGCGGAGGAAGGGGAGCUGCCGCUCCUCACCGUCAAGCACGAGCUGAAGAACGCAAAUUUGACAGGCCAUGCAGAGAAAGUGGGCAUUGAAAACUUUGAACUCUUGAAAGUUCUCGGAACAGGGGCCUAUGGAAAAGUGUUCCUAGUAAGGAAAGUAAGUGGCCAUGAUGCUGGAAAACUGUAUGCCAUGAAAGUACUGAAGAAAGCAACAAUAGUUCAAAAAGCCAAAACAACUGAGCACACAAGGACAGAACGACAAGUUUUGGAGCAUAUUAGGCAAUCGCCAUUUUUGGUCACAUUGCAUUAUGCCUUUCAGACGGAUACAAAGCUUCAUCUCAUUUUAGACUAUAUAAAUGGAGGAGAAUUGUUUACUCACCUUUCACAAAGAGAGAGAUUCUCAGAAAAUGAGGUGCAGAUUUACAUUGGAGAAAUUGUUCUGGCACUUGAACAUCUACACAAGUUGGGAAUUAUAUAUCGGGAUAUAAAACUUGAGAAUAUUCUCCUUGAUUCUGAUGGCCAUGUGGUGCUGACAGACUUUGGUCUGAGUAAGGAGUUUCUUAAUGAUGAGAAUGAGAGAGCAUAUUCCUUCUGUGGAACAAUAGAAUACAUGGCUCCAGAUAUUGUAAAAGGAGGAGAUACAGGACAUGAUAAGGCUGUUGACUGGUGGAGUGUUGGCGUUCUCAUGUAUGAAUUAUUAACUGGAGCAUCACCAUUUACGGUUGAUGGAGAGAAAAAUUCCCAAGCAGAAAUUUCUAGGAGAAUAUUAAAAAGUGAGCCACCUUAUCCACAAGAAAUGAGCGCACUAUCUAAAGAUAUAAUUCAACGUCUUUUGAUGAAAGAUCCCAAGAAGAGACUAGGUUGUGGUCCAACUGAUGCUGAUGAAAUCAAACAACAUCCCUUUUUCCAGAAUAUAAAUUGGGAUGAUUUAGCUGCCAAAAAAGUAUCAGCUCCAUUUAAACCAGUGAUCAGAGAUGAGUUGGAUGUCAGUAACUUUGCAGAAGAGUUUACAGAAAUGGAUCCAACAUAUUCUCCUGCAGCUACCCCUCAGACUUCAGAAAGAAUAUUUCAGGGAUAUUCUUUCGUUGCACCUUCUAUUUUGUUUAAACGCAACGCAGCUACAGUAGAUCCUGUUCAGUUUCAUAUGGGGGAUGAACGGCCUGGAAUUGCAACUAUUGCCAGAAGUGCUAUGAUGAAGGACUCUCCAUUUUAUCAUCAUUAUGAACUGGAUCUGAAAGAGAAACCAUUGGGAGAAGGAAGUUUUUCCAUUUGUCGAAAGUGCUUACACAAGAAAACUAGCCAAGAGUAUGCAGUAAAAAUAAUUAGCAAAAGAAUGGAAGCCAACACCCAGAGAGAAAUAACAGCUCUGAAACUCUGCGAAGGACACCCCAAUGUAGUGAAGUUGCAUGAAGUUUAUCAUGAUCAGCUUCACACAUUUCUAGUGAUGGAAUUGCUGAAGGGAGGAGAAUUGCUUGAACGUAUUCAGAAGAAGAAACACUUCAGUGAGACAGAAGCCAGUCAUAUUAUGCGCAGACUCGUUUCAGCUGUGAGCCAUAUGCAUGAUGUAGGAGUAGUCCAUAGAGAUCUGAAACCUGAGAAUUUAUUGUUUACAGAUGAAACUGAUAAUUCAGAAAUAAAAAUAAUUGAUUUUGGCUUUGCUCGUUUAAAACCACCUGAUAAUCAACCCCUUAAGACCCCAUGUUUUACUCUUCAUUAUGCUGCCCCAGAACUCUUGAAUCACAAUGGUUAUGAUGAAUCCUGUGACCUCUGGAGUUUGGGGGUCAUUCUGUAUACAAUGCUAUCAGGACAGGUACCAUUUCAGUCUCAAGACAAAAGUUUAACAUGCACCAAUGCAUUGGAAAUCAUGAAGAAAAUAAAAAAGGGAGAAUUUUCCUUUGAAGGAGAAGCUUGGAAAAAUGUUUCUGAAGAGGCCAAAGAGUUAAUUCAAGGACUUCUGACAGUGGAUCCAAACAAAAGAAUUAAAAUGUCCAGCUUGAGAUACAAUGAAUGGCUCCAGGAUGGCAGCCAGCUGUCCUCCAACCCUUUAAUGACUCCUGAUAACUUAGGCUCUUCAGGAGCGGCAGUGCAUACAUAUGUCAAAGCCACUUUUCAUGCUUUUAACAAGUACAAAAGGGAAGGAUUUUGUCUCCAGAAUGUUGACAAGGCACCUCUCGCAAAGAGAAGGAAAAUGAAAAAAACAAGUACAAGCACAGAGACACGUAGCAGCUCCAGUGAAAGUUCACAUUCUUCUUCCUCUCAUUCUCAUGGUAAAACUACACCUACAAAGACGCUGCAGCCAACGAACCCUACUGACAGCAAUAACCCAGAAACCAUCUUCCAGUUCUCUGACUGAAAAGCAGAGAACAUCCUGUCUUGAAAACCUAAGUGUUUAUAAACUUGGUAGUAGCUAUAUUGUCCUCUUCCACCCUUCCUCCCCGUGGCUUACAGGCUACAGGAACGUGUUUGUUGCUUUAAAAAUUUAUUUCAAUCAUACUUUUUAGCUUUGUAUUUCAAUACAUUUGUUUUUAGCAUUAAGUUUGGUAUCACUGGAUAUGGUAUAAUACUAUUAUACAACCAGCAUUGUACUCUCUUAGGGCUAAAUUACUAGUGUGCAGUCAAGCUCCAAGUAAGGAGCUUUGCUGCUCAUGGUACAGCUUAGCGGAAGAUUGUUUCUUGGUGUCAAAAUCUUCCUCCCAGUUUCUUCCCCGCUGUUCAAAGAAAGGAAUGCUCUGUAAAAGGUAUAAAUUUCUUGGAUCUUGUGCUUUUGCCCAGCUGUCAGAAGAAUGUUGUAGAAUUUGAUUCUUCCUUCAUCUAAGGAAUCAUUGGUACAGUGCACCAAACCAAUAUAGUUCCUUAAAACCUUUUAAAUUUGUGAUUACAUUCUGUCCCAUUUAUUUGAAAUCUAAGAACAAAAUGAAGCAUUAUGGAACUCCUCUUGUAUUGCUAUUUUUAAAAGUUACUCCAAAUAUCUCGUUUUAAACAACUGGGAAUAUAAGUCUUAGAUAUUUCUUUUUAUUUAUUUUUUUAAACAUCUAGGAUAAUAGAUGUCUAAUAAGGUGAGGUGACUAGUACUGUGAUACAAUAUUUUUAUUUCUACUUUUUGAAGUUACUGACUUUAAAAAUGUUUUACAGAUUCUAAAAUGUAAUGAUAUAACAGAGAGAGUGAAAUUUCAUAUUGAGUGCUUUGGAAAAUGGUCACAUGUUAAAAUAUCUAUUUCAAGAGUUAACUAUAAUUUAUAUUUUCUUUUUAUAUUUACACAAUUUUAAAAUACUGAGAUUUUUUUAAAGAUGCAAAAACUCCAGUUUCAAUAUUUGUUAUUGUAGGGUCCAUAUGAAAUGUAUACCAAGUUAUUUGAAUUUUGCAUUGUGCAAAUAUGGUAUUUGAUUUAAUAGUUACUGUAAAGUAUUAGAAUUUUUUUUGUUUUUGCACUUUAUAACAUCAAAAUGAGAUGUUUUAUAAUAAAGUGCACACAGAUCUUUAUUCCUACAAGGUGCUGAGCACUGCUUUGCUGGGUUGAAUCACCUGAAGUCCACCUUAUUGGUGGUUGUGGUCAUUGUGAAGAACUCUGUACUUUGCAGGACUGAAUCCCUGUAUAUUAUCCAGUGUUUUCAUUCCUUACUUUAAAUUGCAAAGCUCUUUCUAGCUUGCUUUUACAUUGUAUGUAACAAAUACUAGACCUGGGCACCUUGUGUAGUGUAGUUAUUAACAACUCAUGCACUGGGAAUACUAAAGGGAAACUAUAUUGAACACUGUGCUUCAUAAUUUGUUCACUGUGGUGUUCUACAGUGACGUAUUUCCUACUGUGAUAGUAUAGUAUGUACAUAACUGUUUGGAAUCAUAAAUGUGACAGAAACAUUAUCAGCGAUAAACUGAUAAAAAUAAAUUGAUCAGCAUAUUUUAUAGGUUUAUGGAGAGCACUUUUAUUGCUCGUAUUCUCAAUGACUAGGGAUAAUUUAAGUGCUGAAGAAGAUUCCAGUUUUGCAAAUACUUAUGCAUGUGAGUCUUUCCACUGAAAUCAGAGAAACUCAUUGUGAAAAGUCAGGCAUAUGCAUAAAUUUGUGCGAUGGAAGAUGAAUUGAAUAGGAUAUUUUGUUAAUAGCUUACUGUAUCUUAAAGUAAACUUAAACCCUAUGCAAAAAAGGUUAUAGGAAUUGUUUAUAUUAGUGGUUUUAUUUAUAGAAUUACAUCAGAUAUCAGUAUUGAUAAACACAACACAUCCAUGUUUACAGGGAUUGUGUGUAUCAAAAUAAGGCUUUGAAGCCCAACAUGUUUGUUCUAUGUUUCUUUAAUAUUAAUAAUGGCAUUCUGAGGUUUGGGAAUUGCUUAUGUGAAUUACUUUACUACUUUCUUGAUGUGAAUGUCAACAGUAAUUGCAGCAUUAAUUUCAGGUUGAUGUGAAUCUUGAGAUUUGCACUGUUUAUGUAGAAGUAGUAUAUUUAAAGAUCAGUGUAUGUGCUAAUAACACAACCAGUUUUAAGUGGCCGGUGUUAAAAUAUUGAAAAAUAAUUGUCAAUGUAAUAUAUGCAGGUUUGCUUUCUGAAUGCUUUCUUUGGAAGUAAUCUCAAUAGUGAACAUGGCUCAUUUGUAAAGAAAUACCUUCCCUUUCCCCAAUAAACUUGCUGUAAAUACAGAAAAAAUGCACAAUUAAUACUUGUUAUGCAUAGAGUUCAAGUGAAUUGGCGGGGGCAGGUUGUAAAGUUCAGUGGCUUGCACUUUGAGGAGUUCCUGCCAUGGAAUUUGUUUUCUUCAAAGUGGAUACAGCAAAAACCUGUUUUGGGGUUUGAUUUCAUUUAAGUGUAGGAAGGUUUUGAGUACUAAAUGGAUUUGGACUAUUGUGACCCAGCUGAAAUAAAUUUUUAAAGUUAGAAACAUAA